UGUGACGGGACUUCACGUCGAAUUCAGUUUUCUCCCCUUCUCUUUUCGUAUCUGCUCACUAAGUGAGGAGCGGGAUGCCGUCUGUAGAAUACGACGAUUCCAAGCCCAGCUGGGCCGACCAGGUCGAGGAGGAAGGCGAUGAAGGUACCCUUCCCUCACCAAAAGAAACCAUCAAAGGAAAUAUCAAAACCGUCACAGAGUACAAGAUAGAUGAAGAUGGCAGGAAGUGUAAAAUUGUCCGUACUUUCAAAAUCGAGACCAGGAAGGCUUCGAAAGCCGUUGCCAGGAGAAAGAACUGGAAGAAGUUUGGCAACUCUGAGUUUGAUCCUCCAGGCCCGAAUGUGGCCACCACUACAGUCAGCGAUGAUGUCUUCAUGACUUUUGUGUCCAACAAAGAGGAUCUGAACACCCAGGACCAGGACGAAGACCCCAUGAACAAGCUGAAGGGCCAGAAGAUUGUGUCGUGCCGUAUCUGCAAAGGGGACCAUUGGACCACGCGUUGCCCCUACAAGGACACACUGGGCCCCAUGCAGAAGGAGCUGGCUGAGCAGCUGGGUUUGUCCACUGGGGACAAGGAGAAGACUUCAGAACCCGAGCCUGCACAGCCAGCGCAGAGCAAGACCGGGAAGUAUGUCCCGCCCAGCCUGCGUGACGGAGGCACGCGCCGAGGAGAAUCCAUGCAGCCUAACCGCAGAGCUGAUGAUAAUGCCACAAUUCGUGUGACCAACCUGUCUGAAGACACAAGGGAGACUGACCUGCAGGAGCUCUUCCGGCCUUUUGGCUCCAUCUCCAGGAUCUAUUUGGCUAAGGACAAGAACACAGGCCAGUCUAAGGGAUUUGCCUUCAUCAGUUUCCAUCGACGGGAGGAUGCAGCCCGUGCCAUUGCUGGGGUCUCGGGCUUUGGCUACGAUCACCUGAUCCUCAAUGUGGAAUGGGCUAAGCCAUCGAACAACUAAAUAUCAGACUGAUAAAGAAUUGGACAUAAAUAGGUUUCAAUAAAGCUUCUUGUCUGCUAA